AUGGUAACUAAGGCAGAUCCAAAUAAACAAGGCUGGGAAGAAGCAGAAUUUCCGAUCCUUUGCGAAACAUGCCUGGGCGAUAAUCCUUAUGUUAGAAUGACAAGGCAGGGUUUUGGAAAAGAAUGCAAAGUUUGUUCACGACCGUUUACGAUCUUUAGAUGGUUACCGGGAGCUGGCAUGCGUUAUAAAAAAACAGAAAUUUGUCAAACUUGUGCGAAAUUAAAAAAUGUUUGUCAAACUUGCUUACUAGAUUUACAGUAUAAUCUUCCUGUUCAAGUCCGUGACACUGCUUUAAAUAUUACUAAUGACGCACCGAGAUCAGAGAUCAAUAGAGAAUAUUUUGCUCAAAAUAUUGAAGGAAAGAUUGCUGCUGGUGAUAGUCUUAUAAAUUAUGGAAAAGCAGAUUCUGCAGGUCGUGAGAUGUUGAAAAAACUGGCUAGAACAGAACCUUAUUAUAAACGUAACCGGCCGCACAUAUGCUCUUUUUUCGUUAAAGGGACGUGCACGCGUGGAGAUGAAUGUCCGUACAGACAUGAGAUACCAGAAGAAAAUGAAUUGUCACACCAGAAUAUCAAGGAUCGAUAUUACGGUACCAAUGAUCCAGUAGCCAAAAAGAUAUUAAACCGCGUAAAAGGAGGUGGAAACUCUAACAUCACUCCUCCAGAAGAUAAAUCUAUAACUUCACUGUUUAUUACCGGUGUUGAAGAAGAUAUUACAGAGACAGAUCUUAGGGGCCAUUUCUACGCGUUCGGAGAAAUAAAAUCUGUUGUUGUUGUUCACAAAUCUAAAUGUGCAUUUGUGAAUUAUGCAACCAGGGCGUCAGCUGAACAGGCGAUAGAUAAAUCUCAUAAUAAUUUAAAUAUUAAGGGACAUGCAUUGAAGGUAGCGUGGGGAAGGCCAAGACCUACAGGGCCAAAAACAGAGAUACAAGCAGCAACAGCACCGCAAGGUCUCAUACUUCCACCACUUGAAUCGAUGGAAAUUCCUGCACCACCUGGUGAAACUCCUGCUGGUUUUCUAUAUCCAAGUCAAG